AUCAAGAAAGUGUAAUGAACCUUAACCUUUCUCCUUGUCUUUCUCCAGUGGAGCAAAUGGAGUAUAACGUCGAAAAGCAUGACGAGCAACAUCAAAUUGUCUCGUCUUCGGCCCCUUUUCGUGUUUUCUUCGAUCCAAGUGAAGAUCAUCACAUGGGGUUUUACCAAUAUCCCCAUUUGUACCAACCCCAGGUUGAGUACUAUGGGUGUCAUAGAGGAUCAUCAUCGUGCUAUGAGAUCGAAAACAAGGUCGAAAAUGGAGUGAAAUGGAUAUCUUCGAAGGCGAAGAAGGAAGUAAAGAAGGUGAUGAUGGCUUCGUCCGAUCUGAAUUUAUCUUACAACCCUAUUAGGGUUUGCUCGGAUUGCCACACAACCAAGACCCCUCUUUGGAGAAGCGGUCCGAAAGGCCCCAAGUCUCUUUGCAAUGCGUGCGGGAUUAGGCAAAGGAAGGCGAGGCGGGCCAUGGCCGCGGCAGCAAGCAACGUUGGAGUGGCACCACCGCAGCCGAUGAAGGUGAAGGCCAAACGGUGCAAAGUGGGUGGUGGUGGAUCAUCUACUAGUAAUAGCAAUGGGAGGAAGAUGGAAUUUGAGGAUUUCUUGAUAAAUUUGAGCAACAAAUUGGCAUUAAUUCAUCGAGUUUUCCCUCAAGAUGAGAAGGAAGCUGCAAUCUUGCUCAUGGCCCUAUCUUCUGGCCUUGUUCAUGGCUGAUUUUUAUUUGAUUUAGAGAAAGAGAGAAGUUUAGUUUUUUUUUGUUUGUUUUUGUGAUCCAUCAGUUUGUAGAAGGUCCACCACUUAGAUUUUAUGGUGUUGAUCAUUUUGUGAUUUUAAAUAAGGAGAAAUGAGUAGUAAUAAUUUAAAUUUUUGUGGCAAA